AAUAAAGAGUGUGGAGUUGAACUCGUGCCAUUGUAGUGACUCAUCUCGGGCAGAGCGCAGGGGCUCCGAGCGAAGCGACGAGCAAGUGAGCGGCGCUCGGCGGGCCGGGGAGCGAGGGAGAGAGGCGCGGCCGGGCCAGGCGGCCCGUCCGGGAGCAGGCGCCGGGGAAGGGGUGCAGUCGGGCGCCGCAGCGGCGGCACGGGCAGCGGGACCGCGUCCCUCUCAGCGCCGGCUCGGCUGGAACCCCGCGGCCCGGGCGCAGGCUACCUUCUCCCCGCAAGUGUCCGAGCCGCUCCGAAACUCCGGCGGCGAGUCGGCCACAGGAAGUUUAUUCUCAGCUCCUUUUCUAAAAGGAGGAAAUAGAAGUUUCUCCCGGCGGGCAGCCUUUCUUUUCGCCUUUUUUUUCUUUUUGCCCUGUCUGAAAUCGGGGGGCCCCCGGACCUGGCAGGCGCGAUCCGCCGGGCUCUUGUUCUUUUUUUAAUUUCCAGUUUUUGAUCGGGCGGUCUGUCCCGGCUGGGCUCCGGCUGCGCGCGGGAGCGGGAGGGCGCGCGCAGGGGAGGGACCGAGGGACGCGCGGACUUUUAGAGGGAGGGACCGGGUGGCGGUCCCGCGGCGCUCGGAGAGCAGGAAAGAAGUGCAGCGCGAGGCGCUCGGGAGGCACGGUUCCCGGGCUGUUGCCGCCUCCCGUCCGCACCCGCCACCGUCGGGGAGAAGCCCGGGAGCGAAGACUAGAGCCCGAGGCGCGGCCGGCAGGGAGCGAGCGCGCAGCAGCCGGUGCGCGGCCGCGGCGAGGGCGGGGGAAGAAAAACACCCUGUUUCCUCUCGGGCCCCCACCGCGGAUCAUGUACCAGGAUUAUCCCGGGAACUUUGACACCUCGUCCCGGGGCAGCAGCGGCUCUCCUGCGCACGCCGAGUCCUACACCAGCGGCGGCGGCCAGCAGAAAUUUCGGGUAGAUAUGCCUGGCUCAGGCAGCGCCUUCAUCCCCACCAUCAACGCCAUCACAACCAGCCAGGACCUGCAGUGGAUGGUGCAGCCCACGGUGAUCACCUCCAUGUCCAACCCGUACCCCCGCUCGCACCCCUACAGCCCCCUGCCGGGCCUGGCCUCGGUCCCUGGGCACAUGGCACUCCCGAGACCUGGCGUGAUCAAGACCAUUGGCACCACCGUGGGCCGCAGGAGGAGAGAUGAGCAGCUGUCCCCUGAAGAAGAAGAGAAACGUCGAAUCCGGAGGGAGAGGAACAAGCUGGCCGCAGCCAAGUGCCGAAACCGCCGCCGGGAGCUGACAGAGAAGCUGCAGGCGGAGACAGAGGAGCUGGAGGAGGAGAAGUCAGGCCUGCAGAAAGAGAUCGCCGAGCUGCAGAAGGAGAAGGAAAAGCUGGAGUUCAUGCUGGUGGCCCACGGGCCUGUGUGCAAGAUCAGCCCCGAGGAGCGCCGAUCGCCUCCCGCCUCUGGGCUGCCGUCCCUGCGUGGUGGGGGCGGUGGAGCGGGCGCCGUGGUGGUGAAACAGGAGCCCCUGGAAGAGGACAGCCCCUCCUCCUCAUCGGCCGGGCUAGACAAGGCCCAGCGCUCUGUCAUCAAGCCCAUCAGCAUUGCUGGGGGCUUCUACGGGGAGGAGCCCCUGCACACCCCCAUCGUGGUGACCUCCACGCCGGCCAUCACUCCGGGCACGUCGAACCUCGUCUUCACCUACCCCAGCGUCCUGGAGCAAGAACCACCUGCAUCACCCUCCGAGUCCUGCUCCAAGGCUCACCGCCGGAGCAGUAGCAGUGGGGACCAGUCGUCAGACUCCUUGAACUCCCCCACUCUGCUGGCUCUGUAACCCGGCUCCCGGGGGGUCCUCGUCACUGCCUCCUUCCCAGGGACCAGCACCUUCGAGUGCUCCAGGGCCGUGAGGGCAAGAGGGGGGCCCUGCCACAGAGCUGCCCGGCUCUGGGGACACCCAGGUGGGAUUUGGCCGUGAGGCGCUGAGGACUUCAGCCAUCUCUUAGAAGUCAUGGGACCUCCUCCGUCGUUCAUCUUGCAAAGCAAAUCCUGUUUCUUGAAAAGCCUUGGAGAACUUGGUUUGGUGGACUCAGGCAUCUCUCUGGCUUCUGAAGAGCCUGCGGCUGGUGUGGACCGUUCCUGUCCCUUGUUAUGCUACGUCUCUGGAGUGAUGGUGUCCUUCCCCGCCCCACCCAGCAUGCUCAGUGCCUUUUGGUUUCACCUUCCCUCUAUUCGCCCCUUCCUCCCCCCAGUGUCAAUUUCACUUCCUCUUGGUUUUUAUCAAAUUUGCCAUGACAUUUCAUCUGGGUGGUCUGAAUAUUAAAGCUCUUCAUUUCUGGAGAUGGGCAGCAGGUGACUGACUCUUCUGCUGGGGCUGACUUGUCCGGAAGGGGACAGUCAAUGUGCAAUACAGAACCUUCUCUCCCUUGACACUCCCCGGUCCACCGCCAUCUCCAGGACCACCAGCAGGGCUCCCUGAGCUCUCAAGGAGAUGUUGCCAUCACUGGGAGGCCCGGAGGACCCUUCCUCUCCAUCCUCGGAGACAACUUUUUGGAGGAGCGGCUUGUCCAGAAGACAGGGUGUGAGUGAGACAGCCGGGGCACAGGUUGGGUUUGCCAAAUGCCUAAUUACCAGGCCAGGAAUAGUGCCAACAAGCCACACAGGUGUCCUAGCCAGCUUCCCUUUACCUGGUGUCUUGAGCAGGACGUCUCCUAUAACUACUGCCUCGCCAUCCUGCCCCUGGACCCUUCUCUCUAGACCAGGGAGGCAUCCCUCCCUAGGAACCACACAUCACUCCAAGUCUCUACUGGCUCUGCCCUCCCCCAGCCUGGCUCUCAGGGUGACGCCACCCACGGAGAUUUAAUGAGCGUGGGCCUGGCCCCUCCCCAGAUUGCUGCCAGGUGGCCCCUCCCCAAGCCUCAAAAGGCACUUUUGUUGUGGAUGGAAAGGUAGGGGAGGAAAGAGGGAGGCAGAGUGGGAUUCGCCUCAGUGAGCUGCCGGGCCCUUUCUACCUGCUGUGGUCACCGGCUACCUGAUGGAGCGCUUUCUCUUUUACAUGCUCCUUCCCCCAGAGUGCUCCUCGGGUCCAGCCAGCCAGCUGUGGACCAGUGGCCCGGAGCUGUUGUUAAUAAGGCUUGGGGCUUACCUGUCAUUCCUGGGGGGCUGCUGAAAUCAGACAUAAGAUGUGUUGCUUCCCACUGCAGGAGAGGUGCCCCCUUCCCCUGGGGGGCGGGGAGCAGGGAGGGGGUCCUCUGGCCUCCUGCAAAAGCACAGCUGAGCGGCCUCCCUGCCUCCCACCCCUCUGAGCCUUUUUCUCCCGAGGGCAUAGCUCUGGCUGAUCUUCUUGGAUUGGCCUCUGCUGGGCUAGCUGCUCUGGGGGAGACCCUGCUAUUGUGAUUCAGCUCUAGAGAUCAUUGUAUGAUAAUUUAAAAUUAGGUAGAUAUUAUUUAAAUCAAACCCAGUGGGGGUUAAAUUUCAAAGUUAGACUCAGAGAAAGAGAGAGAGAGAGCAAGCGCAGGAGCUGUAAGGCGUUCACUCACUUGCCCCCCUCACACACCCCGGCCUUGAGCGCUGGUCCUUAUUUGCUGCCCAUACCCCCCUCCGAGCUCUAGAAGGGAGCGCGCAGAAUGGGGCAGCCAGAGGCUUAAAGUACACAGCCCGCUCUGACUGGAAGUGACGUGUGAAAGGCUAGGCCAUGCAGAGAGAGGAGAUUAAAAGAAAAAGGAUUUUGUCCAAAAAUAUUUUUUAAAUGUUAUUUCCCACAUUCCCUGGCUAUGAGGCUGCCCUCCCGGUUUCCCAGAGGUUCUGGGAGGGGCACUCCUUAUUAGACUAGGCAAUUGAGUUUCUGGCUUCAGAUUAAUCGAAGAAACAGAAGUCAGCCAGGAACAGCAGGAGGUGGGCAAAGAAAACCGGGGUGCGCUCAGUUCUGAAAGGCUUAAUCAUCUCAAGUGGUAUUUGUGGCCAGUUGGGAGCUCUUUGCUUCUUUUUGCAUGUGUGUGUGUGUGUAUAUAUAUAUAUAUAUGCAAUAUAUAUAUAUAUAUAUUUCUUAAAUGAAGCUGCUUUGGUGUUUUAUUUCUAAAUGUCCCUUUGUGCCCCACUUUGCACAGCACUGAUCCCAAGGCAGGCCACAGUCUGUGACUCGGGGCCAGGCUGGACAUUCCUGAGACAGAGUUUGGCUUUAGUUCAGAUUUCAGGCUGUGUUGGCUUUGGGACCAGCAGAAGGCAGAAACUCCACCACCCCGGAGGACUUUAGAGGCCUCUCAGCUGUCCCAUUCAGGACCCUCUGGCUUUGUUCCAGGAGGUGGUUUGGCUUUCCCAAAGCCAGAGGUUAUUUGGGGAAGGCCGAAUAUUCACCCCGAACUCAUGAGCACGUCCUCCUUGACUUCUUCUGGCUUGUUCUCUGAGUUCCUGCACACACACCAUUUUUCCAGAAUUACCAGCCACCAGGCCUUCUGCUUUCUCCUCCAUGGCUCCAGCUACAGGAAGAGCUGCAGUGGGGGUGCCUUCGUGCUUGGGUUGGGAACCGCUGUGCCUCCCCUGUGUCCCCAGCCAUGAGGCAGCUGGUGUGGACUCCAGCUGGGCUGCAGGCAGCUCUGGGACGGCACAGGGCAGGCACUCCUUGACAGGCUAGUGUGAACCACACCCUGUCCUCUCGGCCACCUGGCUGGCCUCUCUGGGAUCAGUCCUCUUCCUGGCUGAAUGGACGGGGACAGCUUUUGACACAGGAAAGAGAGGAGAUCCCAGGUGAAGCUCGGGCAAUGGCCGGAGCCAGCUGUAAGCGGAGAAUUCACGGGGGAAGUUGUCAGAAAGAAAUCAUUGUUCUGCCUGUGAGAAAGGCCAGGUGUUCCACUGUGGCCAGUCACACAAGCAUCUCAGCCAAGAGCCCUCAGAGGUUACUGCUUCCUCUUCUCAGGCUUUGGGGAAGAGAGUCUCCUCUCCGCUCCCACUUGGCUCUAAGUCUAAGGGAGGACUCAGUGCUACUUUUCUCCCCUUCCCUUGAUGGACCAACAGCGCUCCUGCAGUCUCACCAUUUACCUUUCCGGUUGCUCUCCUUCCUGAUCAGAUAUCACACGGCCCCUGUAAGAAGGAAAGGCAGAAGCCCCUACUGUGUGCCAGGCACUGUGUUAGGCACUUUUAUAAAUAUACCCUCUUUAGGAUGAGACUAAGGGAUGAGGGUAUCCCCUCUUCAAGGCCCCCACGUAAUGGAUAAACAAAAGCACUUGGAGGUGAGAAGGUCUUCCUUCAAAGAUCUGAGGCAAGAUUGCCUCCAGUCCGAGGUUUGUUCUCAAAGACCCACCCCCCGCGGUAUCCUCCCACCUCGAAACGUCUUUUCCCUCUCCCUCGUGAUGUGCUCCUUUGCGCUCCUCAGAUGGUUGGAGGGCUAACCUGAGUCCUUAUAGAAUUGGUGGACCAAUAGGGUAUGUGAUGUGUGUAACUUUCUUUUUAAAACUUAAGGGGUCUUGCUACUUUCUGCUUGUUGAGUCUUCUUGGCAUUCAUCUUAAAAGCCAGCAUCUCACUAUUUAUUGACAGGUUGGGUGUGUGUGUAUGUGCGUGUGUGUGUGUGCGCGCGCGCUGUGUGUGUACAUUUCCAAGUGUGCCUCCUGCAACUUUUAAAAAGGAAACUCAGUCGUCCCACUACUAAUUUGACAUCUUCUCAUGCUUCUAGUGUUUUGGCCAUACGUCAACAGAGGGCUUUCAUUUUCCAAUGCUGAUGUGUUCAGGAAAGGCUGGGUCAAAUUUUGAGCAGUGGAUGGGAAGGGGAGGGGGAGAAGAAAUCGACAUUUAUUUUAUUAUUUAUUUAAAAUGUUUACAUCUUUGUGUUGUACCAAGCCUGAAGAGAAACAGCAUUAAAAUACUCAGUUCCUCUCUCCCUCUCUUUCUUCAUUUUUUUUUUAAAUUUAGGCUAAUGAUGCUUUUUUGUUUCUGAAAUGAUUUGUGACAUGUGUUGUAUAAACUGUAUUAAAAAGGUUCUGUUUUUAAAGACGGAUGGUCAUUCCUCUGGGGACAGUGGUCACCGAGAAAGUCUACAUUGUAAGAAAAUACAACGGAAGAUCCUGCCCUGUUCCUCAAAAAUUAUUUUCUCUGUAUGAUUAAAAGUUUAUUCCAUUUAUUUUAGUUUGUGGUUACUUGAUGUCGAGGAAGAAAAUAUUCGCCUUUGUAUAAAGAAUAGGUAUCAGGGUGUCUUUUCUGCAGUGAGAGAUGUAUAUAUCGUAUUUUGGUAUAUAGUGGAAAAGCAUAAGCUUUGUGCAUCUGUAUUUGAGAUAUGUCAAUGAUGUGGAGUAAAGUCUGCUAUAAGAUCCUGGAGGCAAACAAGUUGUACAAGAUUCCUAUAGCUCUACGGGGGAAUUGAAUUACCUUUGUGAGCAGCUGCUGCUGCUGCUGCUGCUGCUGCUGCUGCUUCUUCUUCUUCUUUUCUUCUCUCUCUCUUUUUUUUUUUUUUUUUAAGUAUUGGUGAAAUGGUCCCAUUGGAAAGGCUUCUAAAUAGGCCUCUCCAGGCAGGACCACGAACUCAAAAAUCUUUGUAUAGCUUUGAAAAUUGAGGAGUAGCUCUGCUCUGAAGCAUUUCUGGUGGUGUUUUCUGUUGUUGUUUUGUUUUGUUGUUUUACUGUAAUAUAGGCCUACAGUAUUUGCACUAAAGAAAGCUUGUUAGAAAAAGCUUGCUGCUAUGGAAGAAAGAACAUAUUAAAACUUUUUUUUUUUUUGGUUAGCUUUUCCACUUUCAAUUGAGUAGUUUUUGUAGAAUAAAAUGAAUUAAGAUUGAA